AUGUCAUUGAAGCCCUUUGUGCCAGUGAUUGUUGGCCAUAUACGGUUUGCCAUACCUCAGCGAUCUAUCAGCGAGUUGCGAUGGAUUCAUAGUCAAUUGAGCAAGCACUACGGUCCUGUAUUACAAUGGAGAGACCUCAUCUCGGAGUCGACGUAUGAACACUUGAAAGGCAAGACGAUGUUCGUGAUGCAAGUACCCUUGAGAGGUGACGAGACUGAGGGGGUGAGGGAGAGGAAGAAACUUGCUCUAUCUCGAGACUUGGAAAAAGUGGUCGGAAUAGUCAAGUUCAGCCAACGGGACUCGGUCAACACGGACAACUGGGUUGCUGAUGCUACGAGAUCUAUCAAGUUGACAGAUGACGGGGACAACAACCACUUGGUAGAUGUUGAAGUGGCAAACAUCACGAACCCGUUCUUCAAAGUCUCGGACCAUGGUGACCAAUGGAGAGUACGAAUAGAUCGGAAGGUGUGUACGCCUAUGAUUAUUACAACGGGAGAUUAUGUAUCAAAGCAAUGA